AUGCCCGCGGUGCCGCCACCAUGCCAGGCCGCCCGGUCCACCCAGGAAUUCCACGAGGAUCUGUUCCCUGACUGCGUUGGGACGCUGCCGGCCACCGGCGCCCAGGCCUGGUGGGCAGGGGACAGCCAGCAGGUGGGGAGGGUGAGCCUGCACCCCACGCGGAGAUCCACGGCGACCUUCAGCUCCCCCGUCAUCGCCUGCACCCAGCUGCAGGCAGCCGACGCCAGCUCCACCGAUGCCGACGCCGACCGGAGCGAGGGUCCAGGUCCCGAGGGGGGCCGUGGAGCGCGCCUGGUUUGGGUUUGCGGUGGCGACUACCUCCUGGUGUCUGGCUUCGAUAGCCGCAGCGAGAGGAGGAUCCUCCUGUACCGGGCGCAGGCUCUGCCCGAGGGACCCUUGUCUGUCCUCGGCCUCGACGUGGCCCCUUCCACCCUCCUGCCCUUCUACGAUGAGGACACCAGUGUUGUCUUCCUCACUGGCAAGGGUGACACCAGAGUCUUCCUCUACGAGGUGACGCCCGAGCCCCCCUAUUUCCUCGAGUGCAACAGCUUCACCUCCAGUGAACCCCACAAGGGCUUCGUCUUCCUGCCCAAAACGGUGUGCGAGGUGCGGGAGGUGGAGUUUGCCCGGGCGCUGCGCCUCGGGCAGAGCACCCUCGAGCCGGUGGCUUUCCACGUGCCACGCGUCAAGAAGGAGUAUUUCCAGGACGAUAUCUACCCGCCGACCCGCGUCUGGUGGGAGCCGGCCCUCGGUGGCAGCGCUUGGCUGGCGCGGCAAGACGGGGCAGCGCCGCGCCAGCCUGCGGCCGGCUAACAUGACACCAGUGAGCGAGGCCCCGAAAGAGGCUCCGGCGCGGAAGUUCGUCCCUGCGUCCGUGUACCUGGAGGAGAAGUCUGACGAGCAGAAGAAGGAGGAGCUCCUGAGCGCCAUGGUGGCCCGGCUGGGCAACCGGGACGACCCACUGCCCCAGGACUCCUUCGAGGGGGUGGACGAGGACGAGUGGG